CAUUUCCCCCAAAGCGAGUACGUGCUGCGUCACUGCGCGUAUGUCGUGACGUCACCGCCUCGCGAGAUGAGAUUUGUGGGAUCGAGAUUGGUUGUCGGGCAGCAGCGAAGGAGUUGGGCUUUAAUUGUUGCUGAACGCGAUGGAUGGAUAAGGCGCAGACUUCAAUUAUAGCUCAAAACUGAAUCUCUGUGAAAGGAGUGAUUUUGUCUGCAGUUUGAAAAAAAAUGGGGGAUGCUGCCAAACAAGUCAAACACUGUGCAAUAAUGGAUGAAGACGAGUACAAAAGACCUCCUGCGAAACAGUCAAAUGUAAACCAUGAAAUACAGGGCGUUAAGAAAACACAGAUGGACUCUCAAAGAAAGCCAGUUCCGGUCACCUGCAGCGGCAGUCCUAGGAAUGGACUACAUCAGAGCACUUUUAAGAAUUUCAGUCGUAGUCCCAAUAGCCGACCAAGCAAUAUUCAUAAAGAUGGAAAUAAGAGGUGGAUUGCCGAUGUUCCACGUAGCAACUCUGAUAACUGGAGAGAUCGAAAGCACCAAACAUUUAAUCGAACAAGGAACGAUUCCACUAAUGAGCAAGACGAGGCUCAAGGUUGGAGACGAGAUGGAGGUGAAAGAAGCAAUGAAGGUGGCAGGAGACAUAAUCAGAAGGGGAUUACAAGUAAAGAUUACCAUGAUGGACACACUGGAGUAGCUGGCACUCUUAGGCAGGAGAAGAAAAGAGUGGACAGAAGAAGACGCAAGUCUGAACGAGAUGAAGAAGAUUAUCUGGAGAGCCCUGUUGUAGAUGAAUCCGCGCUAUCUCAGAAGGAGUUAUUGGGCUUGCAACAAGCUGAAGAACGUUUAAAGAGAGACUGCAUUUACAGGCUCAAAAGGCGUCCACGGAAAUACCCCACUGCUGUUUAUUGCUGUAAGCUCUGCGAUGCUCUGUUUGAGUCUGUGUCGUCUGCUCAUAAGCAUAUUAAAGAAAAAAGGCAUAAGAGACUUCUGAAGGAAAAAAAAGAAGAGGAACUAUUGACCAAUCUGCCACCACCAGAUCAUCUUCAGGCUGAAGCAAUUACUACAGCUAUAUGUAAAAUUGUUCAGGAGCAUGGUCUGGAUGAAAAUGACAUGGCAAAAAGAUGUGCUAUUGUAGAAUCUAUGGAAAAUUUAGUUCAGCAGAAGCUCCCAGGUUGCUCUCUGUGGCUGUACGGCUCAUCCUGGACUCGAUUUGGUUUUAAGAAUUCUGAUCUGAACAUAGACAUUCAAUUUCCUAUAAAUAUGAAUCAACCAGAUGUUCUUUUACUCGUCCAGGAAAGUCUGAAGCAGAGCGAUUUGUUCACCGACUUUGAAGCCGAUUUUCAUGCAAGAGUUCCUGUAGUGGUUUGUCGAGAAAAGCAAAGUUCCCUUCUAUGUAAAGUAAGUGCUGGCAAUGAAAAUGCUUGCUUGACGUCCAACCUAAUGGCUGCCCUGGGGAAACUGGAACCAAGACUUCUGUCUUUGGUAGUUGCCUUUCAAUACUGGGCUAAGCUUUGCUGUAUCGAUAGACCAGAAGAAGGGGGGUUGCCUCCAUAUGUACUUGCUCUCAUGGUGAUUUUCUUCUUGCAACAACGAAAGCAACCGGUUCUUCCGGUGUAUUUGGGAUCAUGGAUUGAAGAGUUUUCUGUUUCCCAACUGGCGAAUUACAGUCUCCUUGACACUGAAAAGGAUUGCGUAGUGUGGGAGUACAAUACUGCAACUGACACGGAGAGUCAUCCCAAUGAGAAAUCUCUUGUCAGGGGCAAGGCUCCCUUAGUUUUUGCUGCAUCUCAACAAUGUGCAGCAUCGACUGGCCAGCUGUGGGUUGACAUGCUCAGGUUCUAUUCACUUGAAUUUAACAUGGCAGAUUUAAUUAUCAGUAUUCGUGUCAAAGAGAAGAUUUCUAGGGAAUCUAAGGACUGGCCAAAAAAGCGUAUUGCUGUAGAAGAUCCUUACUCUGUAAAAAGAAAUGUGGCAAGGUCCUUGAAUAGUCAGUUAAUGUAUGACUACAUCCUUCAUUGUCUGAGGGCAACUUACAAAUAUUUUGCCAUGCCCCAAAAAAAGUCUGUAAAAACAAGUAAAAAGCAUAACACACAGUCUGGGGCAAUUGCAGAUAACACCAGUGAAUAUUCUCUAAAUACCCCAAAUGAAGCUAAAGGUGUAGAUGGGAUGACAAGCCUAAAUAAGCAACUAGAAGAAUUGGUAAUUGGCAAAGACUGCUCUGGAGCCUUGGGUCAGAAUAUCCAGACGUUCCAUCAGAGUCCAAGCUGCAAGGAGGUUGAUGUAGUUAGCAGCCAGACCAAGAGAAAACUUGUGUACACUAACAUUGUCCCUGAGGAUCCCGACUGCAUUAUAGAAGAAUUUAUUUCAUGUGACCCUGAAGAUUCUGUUGAGAGUUGUGGAGAGGUAGAAAGCUGCAAUGAUGAUUCUGAUGAGGAUAUUGCUAUGGAUGCUCACAGAAAAGAUAGUAAAGCAGAUUUUAUAAUUGAUCAAGGUUUGGAUGAAGAUAGUGAGAAUGGAGAUGUACUUAGGGCAGCUAAUGAAGAAACUGAUAGUUUGUCUGAUGUGGAAGAAUUUACCAAUGCUGCUGUGCCAAAGACUGAACACUUUGAGUUUGAAAGUGGAGGCAUCCAAAAUUUAGUGGAUGAGGAGAGCACAGAAGGUACAGAUGAACUUGAAGAAAUUCCGAGUGAGUUCAUCACUCAAACACUAAAGCAGAAACCGCCAAAUAACUUGGAUGAUGAGGAGGAAGAUGACGAUGUUCAUUAUCCUAGGGACCAUCUGGAUAGCCUCACUGCUGAUGAGGAUUUGGAGCAUACAUACACUGGCUCAAUGGAUGAAUGCUUGUCUGAUAAUGAUGCAGAGGAAGAUGAUAAAGAUCAGCCAGAUCAUGUUGUUGAGAAACCCAAUGAACUGGUUAUUCCUGUAACCGAAAACUUUGAAGGAGAACAAGAACCUGUGCAAAUGGAGAAUGUAGACCGCACAGUGGCAGAAGAUAAUGUAUUGCUUUAUGAAUUCAACAAACUGGCUUUCACUAGAGGCAAGCUGCCUACAGUUGUGUGCAAUUUGUGUAAGAGAGAAGGCCACCUGAAGAAAGACUGCCCAGAAGAUUUCAAGAAAAUUGAGCUUGAUCCUUUGCCUCCUCUUACAUCUAAAUUCCGAAAGAUACUGGAUAAUGUUUGUAUUCAGUGCUAUGAUGACUUUUCUCCUACUCCCCUUGAGGACAAAGCACGUGAACACAUUCGCCAGGAUUUAGAGGAUUUUAUCAGGAGGGAUUUUUCAGGAGUCAGGCUUACUCUAUUUGGUUCCUCAAAGAAUGGCUUUGGCUUCAAACAGAGUGAUCUAGAUAUCUGCAUGACUUUUGAUGGCCUUGAAACUGCUGAGGAGCUGGAUAGCAUCAGGACUAUUGAGGAUCUGGCUAGGCUCCUCAGAAAGCAUCAAGGAUUAAGAAAUAUCCUGCCAAUAACCACAGCGAAAGUACCAAUAGUAAAAUUUUAUCAUGCUAGGAGUGGCCUUGAAGGAGAUAUCAGUUUGUACAACACAUUGGCCCUUCACAACACCCAUCUUUUAGCAUCUUAUGCAGCCAUUGACCAAAGGGUGGCGUACCUUUGCUACAUCAUGAAAGUUUUUACCAAAAUGUGUGACAUUGGUGAUGCUUCCAGAGGCAGCCUGUCCUCUUAUGCAUAUACUCUUAUGGUGCUAUACUUCCUUCAGCAGAGAAACCCUCCUGUUAUACCUGUCCUACAAGAGAUCUACAAAGAGCAAAAGAAGCCUGAAAUAAUUGUUGAUGGCUGGAAUGUGUACUUUUUUGACAAACUGGAUGAUCUGGCUAAUCAUUGGCCAGAACUUGGGAAAAAUAAAGAAUCUGUCGGCGAAUUGUGGUUGGGCCUUCUCCGCUUCUACACAGAAGAUUUUGAUUUCAAAGAACACGUCAUCUCCAUCAGAAGAAAAAGCCUGCUGACAACCUUCAAGAAACAGUGGACCUCCAAAUAUAUAGUUAUUGAAGACCCUUUUGAUUUAAAUCACAACCUUGGAGCUGGCUUGUCAAGAAAGAUGACCAACUUUAUAAUGAAGGCAUUUAUCAAUGGAAGGCGUGUGUUUGGCACUCCUGUAAAAAACUUCCCAAAGGAAUAUCCAACCAAAAUGGAAUAUUUUUUCGAUCCUGAAGUGUUGACUGAAGGUGAACUUGCUCCCAAUGAUCGAUGCUGUCGAAUUUGCGGUAAAAUUGGCCACUUUAUGAAGGACUGUCCCAUGAGAAGAAACAGAGUGAGAAGGCGGAACAAUGAGAAUGCUGGAAACCAAAGAUACCCCGAGGCAAGAAGUCCAAGAAAGACAGAGGAUGCAGCUAGUAAAGGUGCUGAAAAUGAGUCCUCACGAAUUGAGGGAAAGCAAACUUUCAAUACCCCAAAAAAACCUCGACCGGGAGCAAGAGGAGCUAAUGAGGCCAGCAGAGAAAAACCUCAGAGGCUGCCCACAGACAAAUGGAGGCGAUCAGAAGACAGAGAUGUGAGGGAGAAACGCUGCUUCCUAUGUGGGAAGGAAGAUCACAUCAAGAAAGAAUGUCCACAGUACAAAGGCCCAGUAGGAAGCCCUAAGUCUGAUUUCUUGUGUGGCUCUCCAUCUACACCAAGCCCACUGAAAUAUCCAGUCCGAGUAAUACAGGCAACACAAGGGCAUGAUGAGCAGAAGCAGAAAAUGUUUUUGAGUCCUCAACAAGGUAGUCUUUCCAAUAAAUACAUGGCUCAGGGAAAAGCCAACCAGAAGAGAUCUCUGCAAGAUUCCUGAGGGCAGAACAUCCAAGAUGGAGUAUGCGGCCCGUCCGUGUGAAUGCCAAUGUACAGAUACGAUAUGAAGUUUACUGAUCCAGGCUCACGGGACAGCAGCAAUGAACAGACAAUGGACUUGCUUAAUAAAAUGUUUUAUUUUGUUCUGAUGUGAUUUGAAAAUGAGAAGAAAUUGUGUUUUAAUGCAGUCCUCUUACCAUGGGUACCUGUUCUUAAUUUAUUUUUAUUUCAGCAUUUUAACAGAGAGCCAUGAUGUUUGUAUUUGUGUAGUAAAGUGGGUAAGUACCAGAAUUACCUUUAGGGCUAUGACAGACGGGACAUUUUGUUGCUCACGGAUUCCUUUCCAUUGCAUACAGGUAAAACCACGUGAAUCCUGUAAUUGAGCACAACUGCCUUGUGGCUUCUUUUUGUGCAGUUUUACAUGGUCUGCUAUGGGAACGGAAGUGUCUGCAGCCAUAACCAAACGCAGGUAUCAACACAUCUGUCAUUGCCAUUAGAAUCCAUUAAUUUCCCCCAGUUUUUAAUUGCUAAAGCAAAUGACCCCCCAUAAAGUCCUUUAUACUUGGUAUACCUCUUAAAGGGCAGAUACUAUUUAUUAUUGUUGUUUGUUUACAGAAUCAUUGUGUAGAGUUGUUUGUGGACUGCUGCUGUAUUUACAAACCUGAUUUUAUUGUAAAAUCUUAUCUGGUGGAAGCCUCAGUUAUAUGUCACCUUUUUUAUGUAAAUAACUGAAUGGAAAACACAACCACUUUUUUUUUUUUUUUUAAAUUUAAUUUUUAUCCUGGUCUGGACAUUAUUUUGUUUUAACUCUUUAAAAACCACCAAAUACUGCCCUCCGUUUAUUUGCUUAGGAAAAGAAGUCUCAAAGCGGGUUUUUUUUUUUUUUUAAUGCUGCUAAAAAUGAUUUUCCCUUUGUUCGUGUACAUGUGACAGCAGGAAGUUGUGUUUGUGUGUGCACUUGUACCUAGAGAUAAAACCCUGCAAGAAUGAUGAUACCUUGAUUUAAACGAAUCAUAUAUUCACGUGUCCUAUUCAUUGUGAAUACUUUUCGUUUCUUCAGAUUAACCCAUAUUUUCUUUUUAACAGAAAUUGCGAGAUUUCUGAAAUGAUCAAUGGGGUAAUGAAAGAAACUGUGUUAGGUGCUGCUGCAAGGUUCUGUGAUGGCAGAUUUUGCAGUGUAGGAAAGUACCUUCACCAGAGGCCUUAACAGCUUUUUUUUUUUUUUCUUUUUUUUGCUUACACAGUCGUCAUGGUAACAAGAUGCAAUUUUCAUUUGGUUUUAUGUCUUUAUCUCCUCGUACAUUUUUAAUGCCACUGCAUUGUUUUAAACAUUGUAAAUCCAUUCUUGCAGUAUUCUCGUACCAUACCUGAUUUUGUGUAUGCCGAUACCCUUUGGGAAAAAAAGCUCAUUAAAAUCGUUGUGCUUCCAUGGCCACUAUAAA